AUGGCAAAGGGGGUAGCUGCAGAUAGCCUCGACGAUUAUACCCAGAUGGAUACGGCAACCAUAUACAUGUACGUUAAAAAGUUUAUGGAUGCACUUCUUUGGAUUUUUAACGACCACUACAUGAGGCUACCAACAACCGGAGAUACUAGGAGGUUAUUGGCUCAGAACGAAGCUCGUGGUUUUCCAGGAAUGCUUGGGAGCCUCGAUUGCACCCAUUGGGAGUGGAGGUUAUGUCCCACCGAAGAAGCAGGCCGACAUGUGGGACACAUUAAGAAACCAAAUCUUGUUUUACAGGAAGUUGCUUCACACGAUAGAUGGUUCUGGCACUGUUAUUUUGGCGAGGCGGGGGCUUACAACGACCUGAAUGUGUUGGCGCAGUCGGGAUUAUUUGAUAGAGACAAUGAUGCCUUAGCCCCUCCUUGA